AUGGUGGAGAAUGGUCAAGAAGUUCCUUUACCCAUACCAGACUCUGUGGUGAAUAUAGCUGAUAUUGCAAAGAUGGCCCGUAGUGGUCGUGUUUUUGGACCGGUCUUUCCGAAGGAGACAAAGGAUGUCUCAAUCAGUAAGAAGGCAGAGAUUCCAGUAGCGAAUCCAGUUAGUACUUCAAUAUAUCAGUCUGAUGAAUCCAGAAAACUGAAGACUAAUGAUGAUGAUGAGCACCUUGAUGUUUCUAAUAUCCUUCUGGACUCUAUCCCAGAUGGGUUUAUUUCCGCUUGUGGAAAAAUUGAGAGUUUAAAGCUUUUGAAUUUUAGUAGAAAUAUGUUGAAUGGUGUUUUCCCUACUUUUCAUGGUUUUGGUGGAUUGGAAUCACUUGACAUGUCUUUCAAUAACUUGAAAGGAAGCAUUGGUUUGCAGUUAGAUGGAAUGGUUAGUCUCAAGUCUCUUGAUCUCAGUAACAAUACUUUCACUGGGAAAAUUCCUACUAACCUUGGAUGGUCUAUGGUUUUGGAGCAGUUUGUGCUUUUAAACAAUCGUUUCCAAGGAACAAUCCCUGAACAAAUUUUGAGCUAUAAAAAUUUGACUGUGAUUGAUUUUAAGGCAAAUGAUCUUUCUGGGUUUAUUCCAUCAAAUAUUGACAUUCUUUCCAAAUUGGAAUUUUUGAGUCUUUCCUCUAAUAAACUAGUUGGCAAAAUCCCAAUGACAAUUAUGAACAUCACAUCUCUUGGAAGAUUUGCAGCUAAUCAAAAUCAGUUUACCGAUCCAGUUCCUUUUGGAAUUACAAGAUAUCUCAGUCCGUUGGAUCUUAGUUAUAAUCAUUUAUCCGAGUCCAUUCCCGAAGGCCUUUUAUCUCCACUGCAGCUAGUGCUUGUAGAUUUGUCCUAUAACAGGUUGCAAGGGCUUGUACCUGUAAACAUUUCACAUAGUUUAGUCAGGUUAAGAUUAGGUGGAAAUUCCUUGACAGGAGAGGUUCCUUCGAGUACUUGCAAUGAUGUCGAACAUAAUUUGACAUACAUAGAGCUAGAUAAUAAUCAGUUGACAGGUUUGAUACCUCCUGAAUCAGGUUCUUGUAAGAAAUUGGCCUUGUUGAAUUUGGCUGAGAAUCAAUUGACUGGUGCAUUGCCACCAGAACUUGGAAAUCUUAUCAGUCUUCAAGUCUUGAAGCUUCAAAUGAACAAUCUUAAUGGUACUAUUCCGAUUCGAAUUUCACAAUUGCAAAAGUUGUCUACCUUGAAUUUGAGCCAGAAUUCUCUGGAUGGACCGAUUCCGUCUGAGAUGACAACAAACCUUACAUUACCUUACUUGCAAGGGAACAAACUUCACGGGUCUAUACCUCCGUCCAUUGGAAACUUGAGACAACUUUUAGAACUCCAGCUUGGAGAAAACCAGCUAAGUGGUGAUAUUCCAAAAAUGCCUUGGAAUUUGCAGAUUGCAUUGAAUCUAAGCAGCAAUCACUUUAGUGGAAAUAUUCCUUCAAGUUUCGACGAUUUGGUUAACCUGGAAGUUUUGGAUCUCUCAAAUAACAAUUUCUCUGGUGAAAUUCCUGUGUCUCUCACCAAAAUGGCAGCAUUGACACAGUUGCAACUUUCAAAUAAUCGUCUAUCAGGAGACCUUCCAUCAUUUGGUGCAUACGUUAAUGUUGAUACAAGAGGAACCGAUGUCAAGAAGAAUAGUGAUGUCCCAGUCAAUAAUUCUCCAAGUGCAGAAAAGAGUGGGAAAUCUGUUGUCGCUGCUGUUCUUAUUGCGAUUACUGCUGCUAUUUUUGUGGUUGGUGUGGUCACCCUGCUGGUUGUAUUGCUUUCACGACCCUAUUGUAGGGGUAACAAUGAGCGUGUACAGGUAAGUGAAGGUGAAAAUUUUGAACUUCAGAUAAUCCAGAGUAAUUUGUUAACUUCAAACGGAAUCCAUAGAUCGAACAUUGACUUCUCUAAGACCAUGGAAGCUGCUGCAACACAAACACACAGAAAUCAGUUUACAUCAAAAACAUAUCCUAUUUCGUCUUGUGAGUUUACAGUGGUAAAUUCACCUGUUACUAAUAAUGAAGUUUUCAAAAUGGAGAGAAUUGAGGGAGGGACCACUAAGCUGGGAUGA